GUAUUUAAAUUAAUUGCAUAAAUACCUGAACUGAAUAAAUUUAAUCUAGUUGAAAAAUUUAGUCAAAUUAACAACAAUUUUCUUCUCGGCGCAGAAGGAAAAAGAUCACGGACGAGGAAUGACGUGGCUCGAAAUUUUACCGCGGGCAAUUUCGCCAAUUGAUCGCCGAUCAGGUCGAUUCGGAUCCGGUUGAAGUCGCCCUUACGGAAUGAGUCACGCGGAGCCGCGCGUGAAUAACGCGCCGUCCGAUUGCAAUAUGCAUUGGAAAGUGAAAUGUUGCGUUUCACCCAAUCGACCGAUCGGUGGGGGUCGUAGGCUGCGCCGAAGAUGUAGGGAUCACGCAGUUUACGGUGGUCUGACCCACUAACAUUCUCUCCUCAGUUACUCGGUGACUUGGGGCCGCGGUUAAUCCUCUCGAGGAGAAGAAACUCACGAAGUCACACCGGCGCGGUGUGUUUGGUAAUGUAAUUAAAAAAAGAAAAAAAGAACCAUAAUGCGUCGAAAUCGCGGCCUCUUGCUAUCGCUUUCCACGUGUCUGACGAUAGUCCUUAUCGUUCUGAACACGCGGUCGUCCACGGACUUACUCGGGCCCGCGGCUAUCGCCGAGAAGCGUAGCGCGUUUAAGGAGCAGGAAGCGUCGCGCGCCGAUGAUCGAUGGAUCCCUCGUAGCCAGGCGCAUCGGUACGUCACACCCUCCCUCGCCGAAUUGGGUGACUUGCCAUACAAGCAGAAGCACGUUCUCAUGCUGACACGCAUACCCGGCGCGGGCGCCGAACUGAUAGUGUUGAUCCUGCAGCGGUUACAAGGAUACAACGCUUUCAAGCACAUACGUCUGCCGUCGAGCGAUCAUGGACUCUUGUCGAAUUCACGGCAGGAGUUGUUAGUGGAAGAAAUUUCGAGUAUUAUCAGGCAAGAAGCUAUUCCUUUGACUUUUGACGGAGACGUGAGAUUCAUAAAUUUCUCGGAAUUUCGACGGCAAGGGCCCACCUUUAUAUCUUUAGUGAGAAAUCCUUUGGAUCCACGAAUUUGGCAAAGAUAUAGAAAAGGAGAGGAAAAAACGUUUUACCAUGGAGUUAUACCUUAUUUUUGCGGACAAGAUCCGCGUUGCACGGAACGAAAUAACACGUGGGCGAUGGAACGCGCUAAAGCAAAUGUUGUUCGAUGGUAUCCUGUUGUUGGCAUAUUGGAUUACAUGGAGGAGUCGCUAAACGCGCUCGCAGUCGAAUUUCCCUAUUUUUUUAAGGGAGCUAUCCGCGUCUAUGAUCAUUUUCGACCAAGAGAGAAGCAUCCGCUCAUUUCUUCGGCAAUUUUAAAGCUACAAGUUAAAGACGCAGUCUUGAGAAAAGUGCUUGUACAAGAGGUAGAAUUUUAUCAAUGGCUGAAAUCUCGACUUCUCAAUAAAACAUUUAACAACAAUUGAAAAGAUAGUUUGAGGAAGGUAGAUAAAACAAUUAUUGAAAAGUAAAUCUUGAAUAACAAUCAGUGACAAAUUUUUCGCGUUAAAAGGAUUAAAUAGGAAAAGAGAAUUAAUAUAAGUCUUCUUUUAUAACUUCGUAAUUAUUGUACCAAAGAAACAAAUAUGAACUUCUCGUGCCAUCUAGAGGUUGACUCCGUAACCACAUACACCAUCCUACAUAGAGGAUAAGUUGUUGGUAGCUAUACGAUUGCGUGUUUUUAUCGAUUGUAGCGCAUUUUGCUGGAAUAACAUAUUCAUAACUCUUAUUUUAUUCGCAAAUUAUGAAGUCGCUACAAUCCUUUUACGUCAAUGUAAUUUAAUAUUUAUAGAAUAAAUACAGAAGAGUACAAAGAAAUGCUUUACACACACGUCAUCCCCUUUUCCUUUCAUUCUCUUUUACUGUGUCCGCACAUUUCUCACCAAAAACGAAAAAUAUAGAAUACGAUCUAUAUAUAAACAGCCAAUUACGUACAUGAAAUGUAAAAAUAUCAUCUCUUUCUCUUGUAGACAAUAUUAUUUUUUAUAAAAAAAAAUAAUAACACGUGGACAAUGUUGCUAAAGUACGUUGUUUUCUACAUAUAACUUUGAUCGAAAAAAA